AUGAAGUUGAACAUUUCUUACCCAGUUAAUGGUACACAGAAGACCAUCGAGGUCGAUGACGAGCACCGUGUUCGUGUCUUCUAUGAAAAGAGAAUUGGUCAGGAAGUUGACGGUGAAGCUGUCGGUGAUGAAUUCAAGGGCUACGUCUUCAAGAUUGCCGGUGGUAACGAUAAACAAGGUUUCCCAAUGAAACAGGGUGUCUUGUUGCCAAGCAGAGUCAAGUUGUUGAUGUCUAAGGGCACUUCUUGUUACAGACCAAGAAGAACUGGUGAGAGAAAGAGAAAGUCUGUCAGAGGUGCUAUUGUUGGUCCAGAUUUGGCUGUUUUGGCCUUGAUCAUUGUCAAGAAGGGCGACCAAGAAAUUGAAGGUAUCACCAACGAAUCUGUGCCAAAGAGAUUGGGUCCAAAGAGAGCUAACCACAUUAGAAAGUUCUUUGGUUUGACCAAGGAUGACGAUGUCCGUGAUUUCGUUAUUAGAAGAGAAGUCAACAAAGGUGAGAAGUCUUACACCAAGGCUCCAAAGAUUCAAAGAUUGGUUACUCCUCAAAGGUUGCAAAGGAAGAGACACCAAAGAGCUUUGAAGAUCAAGAAUGCUCAAGCUCAAAGAGAGGCUGCUGCCGAGUACGCCCAGUUGUUGGCCAAGAGAUUGGUCGAGAGAAAGGCUGGUAAGGCUGAAGAAAGAAAGAGAAGAGCUUCCUCUUUGAAGGCUUAA